AUGGCGGGCUUUCAUGUUCAGGACAUGCGCAGAAGCAACAAGUGUGGGUUGGCAGCCACUUGUCGGCCCCACUCACCACCACCACUGGAGCUCCACAAGGUUGUGUCCUACUCUCGUUAUUUGUUCUCCCUGUGCACCGAUGACUGCGCCUCCGGCCACGCCUCCAUCCAGCUGGCUAAGUCUGCAGAUGAAACCAUGGUCCUGGGGCUGAUCGAGGAUGUCGAUGAUAAAGUUUCAUCCUAUAUUUUAUCUCUGUUCCAGCUGAUAUCACUUGUCCUCCUCUUGACUCCGAUGUUGACCAGCUGCACAGAACUCAUCCACCACCAAGACAACAGCAGCCAGACUGGAGUCUACACCAUCUACCCCCUUCAAGAAAGGUCAGUUUACUGUGACAUGGAUUCAGAAGGAGGACACUGGAUGGUGUUCCAGAGGAGGAUGGAUGGCUCGUUGAACUUCUACAGACCCUGGGAUCAGUACAAGCUGGGCUUCGGUAACGCUACUGGAGAAUACUGGCUCGGUCUUGACAACAUCCACUACCUGACAACCAAGCAGAAGUACGAGCUGCUGGUCACCAUGGAGGACUUUGACGGAAAGAAAGUGUUUGCUCGGUACACUUCAUUCAAGGUGGACGCUGAAUGUGACGGAUACAGAAUUCAUGUGUCUGGAUUCAUCGAUGGAGGAGCAGGAGACGCCCUGACUUAUCACGAUGGACAGAAGUUCUCCACUUUUGACAAAGAUCAGGACUCCUGGCCUGGAAACUGUGCCAGAUCAUUUCUGGGGGCGUUCUGGUACAAUACUUGUUUCAAUGCAAACCCCAACGGAAUUUAUCGCUGGGGGGCUGACAAAACUCUCUUUGCUGUUGGAGUGGAGUGGAGUCAAUGGAAGGGUUAUGACUACUCCCUGAAGUCCAUCAGCAUGAUGAUCCGUCCUGUGCAGUAAAUCUCCAGGACCAACAUACAGCAGAAUAUUUCUCUAUUGUGAUUUAUUUCUUUUCUCUCUCAUUAAUUAAUCAUAUAAUCUCAUGUAUAGUCGGUAUAAUACAGGUGGAUUUUAAAAGCGUUUCACUGUGUUAGAGCCAACAAAAUCUAUCUGAAAUAAACCUGAUCCUGUCUGGAUGUCUCUGC